CAUAUUACAGACAGAUAGCCAAACACAAGAAAAUAAUUCUUAUCUUAACAACAUGGCUAGAUCCUUGGUGCUCUCGCUAACCCUCUCAUUUCUUUUCAUCGGAAUGGUCUCAGCUCGUGACUGGAACAUCCUAAACCAGUUCAAAGGACUCAAGUCAACCACAACCACCACUAGCCAAAAGGGGAUCGCCACAUUGAAAGAUCCAAACCUAACCGGAUACUGCGAGAGCUGGAGAAUCAACGUGGAGCUUCACAACAUUAGAGACUUCACCGUUGUGCCACAGGAGUGUGUGUGGUUCGUCCAAAAGUACAUGACAUCCUCUCAGUACGAAGAUGACGUGGAGAGAGCCGUUGAUGAAGCCAUCCUCUACCUCGGAAAAACUUGUUGCGAGAAGAAGAAAUGUGAUGGCAUGGAUGCUUGGAUCUUUGACAUUGAUGACACUCUUCUCUCCACCAUUCCUUACCACAAGAGCAACGGCUGCUUCGGUGGUGAGCAACUAAACACGACCAAGUUCGAGGAAUGGCAAAGUUGGGGAAAGGCACCAGCGGUUCCAAACAUGGUGAAGUUAUUCCAUGAGAUCAGAGAGAGAGGUUUCAAGAUCUUUUUGGUUUCUUCUCGCAAAGAGUACCUCAGAUCCGCCACGGUCGAGAACCUUAUUGAAGCCGGUUACCACGGCUGGUCUAACCUCCUCCUCAGGAGUGGAGAGGAUGAGAAGAAGAGUGUGACCCAAUACAAAGCAGAUUUGAGGACAUGGCUUACAAGUCUUGGAUACAAAGUUUGGGGAGUGAUGGGUGCGCAAUGGAACAGCUUCGCAGGUUGCCCAGUUCCCAAGAGAACCUUCAAGCUCCCUAACUCCAUCUACUAUGUCGCUUGAUCAAAGCAUAUAUACUACUCUAACCAAAGAAAAUAAGAUCAGAGUUCCAUCUGAAUCUUGAGUCUGUUGAUUAUCUCGCUUUUUUUGUUUCUUCCAUUUCUGGUGGUUUAUAUAACCAACUCAAAUGCUUAUGCGUGAUAUAUGAACCACGAAUCAUCUUUGUUUCCUGUUGAUUUCACCUUUUUGUAGUA